AGCUGCGCACUAUCACGUGUGAUUCGGCUUCGAACUCCGGUGCAUAAUGUGGUAAUCCCAGUGAAAAAAAGUAUUUAUCAAUUAAUUGUAGUAAAGGCGAUUAAUAUACGACGGUGGAGAAUCUUAUACCUCAAGAUGCUUUCUCGAAUGUCGUUGAGGCUGCAUCGUUGCACGCUGUCAAAAGCGUGCACUGUAUCUGAAAUCGUUGCUGCCCGAAGAUCGCUCCAUUCAACAUGCAAAUACCAAAGCAACGCAUUGAGGAGUUCUCAUAUCUUUCGUCUUUCAGCACAGAAACCUCUCCUAGGGGCAGCUUUCAUACGACACGCUAGUACAAAUGAUACUAAGGAACUUGAAACAAUUUUGCAUAGCAUCCCAGAUCCACCAGCAAUACCUGUUCCCCCGCAAGCUCCAGAGAUACUGAAUGUGUUCCACGGUACGGCAGAGGUGCCGAUAGAAGCUCUUGGCUUAGGGGGAUGGACGCCACCUGGCAUGAUUGAGUCGGCUCUCGAGUGGAUGCACAUUGAUUGUGGUUUGCCAUGGUGGGGAACAAUAGUAGUUGGUACAUGUAUAGUAAGACUUGUGAUGUUUCCCUUGGUCAUAAGGACACAAAGGGCCUCAGCCAGAAUGUCUAACUGCUUACCGCAAAUACAGCAGUAUCAGGAACAAAUAAGUGAAGCAAGACGUAAUGCAAACGAUUAUGAGCUCAUGAAGUAUAGCCAGCUACUGGUUACACUUAUGAAAGAGAAAAAUAUUUCACCGCUGAAGACCAUGUUGAUACCCAUUGUGCAGGCACCGAUUUUUGUGUCGUUUUUCAUGGCCCUGAGGGCCAUGGCAAAUGCUCCAGUACCCAGCAUGAGAGAAGGUGGUUUAUUCUGGUUCACGGACCUUACUCUUUGUGACCAAUACUAUUUGUUGCCUCUCAUAACAUGUGGAACAAUGUAUCUAACGAUAAAGCUCGGAGUAGAUGGCAUGAGAAUGGCUACUACGCAGGCUGGGAUGGCUAAAUAUUUCAUAAAGGCAGUUCCGUUCAUAACAUUUCCUUUCAUCAUGCAUUUUCCAGGGACUGUUCUGUGUUAUUGGGUGUCGACGAAUUUUAUAUCUUUGAUUCAAUCGGGUAUCUUGAGGAUACCUGCAGUCAAAGAAUUCUUCAGGAUCGAAAGCCUGAUUGAACAUAACGCGAAUAAAUUACCCCGACAGGGUAAGGGAUUUAUAGGAGAAGCCAAGGAAGCAUGGGGUAACAUGAAAGUAGUAAGGGAGGUAUCGGAUAGAGGACAAAUGGAUCAUUUGCAGUUUGAACGCGCUGGAAGAGAACCUAUACCAAAAACUUAUAAAUAUGAUCCAACUAAGCAACGACCAUCUAUAACGCAAAUCGCAGCCAAGAGAAGAGAUUGAAAAAUUGUACAUGUAAUUAAGCAAUAAAAGAACUUUAGUCA